GUAGUGCUUCUCCAGUCGGUGGCGGAGAGAGGACACCAGGGAGUGCAGGAGUGUGGAGGUGGCAGUUGUGCACUGUUCAUAGUAUGCAGCGAUUAUUCUUUCCGCCCUUGAAGGCAGUGAUGGGGAGCCCCUGUCUCCGGCUCUUGAUUCCUGGGGCGGCGCCUAGAACACAGCGUGGUUGCAGCUGUGGGAUCAGGCGCCCCUUGAGGCCAGGGCAAUACAGCACCAUCUCUGAAGUAGCUUUGCAACCAGGAAGGGGUACAGUGUCCCAUCCUUCAAAGGCUGCUGAGCGGGUGGUGGGCCGAUGGCUCCUGGUCUGCAGUGGAACAGUGGCUGGAGCAGUUAUUCUUGGUGGAGUAACUAGGUUGACAGAGUCUGGCCUCUCAAUGGUAGAUUGGCAUUUAAUAAAGGAGAUGAAGCCACCUACAAGCCAAGAAGAAUGGGAAGCAGAAUUCCAAAAAUAUCAGCAGUUUCCAGAAUUUAAAAUCUUGAAUCAUGAUAUGACGCUGGCAGAAUUCAAGUUCAUCUGGUACAUGGAGUACUCACACCGAAUGUGGGGUCGCCUUGUAGGCCUCACAUACAUCCUGCCUGCUGCCUACUUUUGGAGAAAGGGCUGGCUCACCCAUGGCCUGAAAGGACGUGUUCUCGCCCUCUGUGGUUUAGUUUGCUUCCAGGGCCUGUUGGGAUGGUAUAUGGUGAAAAGUGGCUUAGCAGAGAAACCAGAUUCCCAUGACAUCCCUCGGGUCAGUCAGUACCGCCUUGCCGCCCACCUGGGAUCGGCCCUUGUGCUUUAUUGUGCCAGCUUGUGGACUUCGCUCUCACUGCUGCUUCCUCAGCACAAGUUGCCUGAAACGCGUCAACUCCUGAGGUUGAGACGAUUUGCUCAUGGAACUGCAGGCCUGGUGUUCCUUACGGCUCUCUCAGGGGCUUUUGUGGCAGGGCUGGAUGCUGGGCUUGUUUACAACUCCUUCCCCAAGAUGGGAGAAUCUUGGAUCCCAGAGGAUCUCUUUACCUUCUCCCCUCUCCUGAGGAAUGUUUUCGAGAAUCCCACCAUGGUGCAGUUUGAUCACCGGAUUCUGGGAAUCACUUCAGUUGCUGCCAUUACAGCACUCUACUUCCUCUCCCGAAGAAUUCCCCUUCCUCGAAGGACCAAGAUAGCAGCAGUGACUCUGCUAGCUCUGGCAUACACCCAGGUGGGCUUGGGCAUUAGCACUCUGCUGAUGUACGUCCCAACUCCUUUGGCUGCCACUCACCAGUCGGGCUCCCUGGCUGUGCUCAGUGUUGCCCUUUGGCUCAUGAAUGAACUCCGAAGAGUCCCAAAAUAAUUUUCAAGGAUCAGCUUCCUAGGACUGAAACUGCUUUUGAGAGAUUAUCAGAGAACACAAGAACUUGAGCUUUUCUGAGAGGAUGACUUUGGCAUACCAAGUGGUUUCCAAAUUGGUCAAGUUAUUUAAAUUGUUUGCCUGUUUUGGGGAUGGUCACUGAAUCAAGAAAGUCAUUAAGUAUGGUUAUGCUAAAGGUUCCUUUUUAAAUCCAUUACUUUUUGUGUUGAAAAUCGGAUUUAAUGUAGAGAAAGAAUUGUUGUCAUUUGCUUCUUAA